AUGAUAUCAUCACUUCUCUUUUCUUACGGAAUUUCUGCAAUUUCGUAUAAAGCAGUCAAUGCUUCGUGCAAUAUAGCUGAUGGUAAUCCAACAUUUGCUGAAGGAAUCGAUCCAAAUGCCGCUGCAUGGGCAUAUUGGGAAGAUUCUCUCAACGAAACAGGCUGGUAUAAGCUUCACAUCAAAGGAAAUAGCAAAUACACCGAUUCUGAAAUUAUGAAAUGCGCUGGUUACCUUGAAGGAUACGUUUCCCAUGAUAGAAUUAACAACCACUUCAAUUUAAUCUUCGAUAUUCAGGAAUGGACACGCAACAGAAAAUAUCCAGACAAAAUCUACCAAUAUUUAAGCAGUAAUCUUAGGUACGUUCGUCAAUCAAUCGAAGCUUACUCCGCAACUUCUAAAUUCUGGCAAGAAAUCGCUUUCAUCAUGAACCAGUUCGAUGGCCUUGUCGCCGGCUACCAAGCUAUCGACGGAGAUGCUACAAUGAACGAAUUAGAUCUUUGGUUCCUACAAUCCGAAGGUGAUAUGUUUGAUAUCUCCGAAAUGUAUCCAGAUGUCAAGCAACCAAAGGAAAAGACAUAUCCAGGCGAGCACUGCACAGGCUUAGUCCGUCUUCUUCCAGAUUAUUCCGAUAUCUUCUUUUCACAUGACUCAUGGAGUGAUUUCCGUGAACUCCAUGGCGAGCUUAAGGAAUACGAUCUCCCAAUCAAGGCCUUCAAAGCCAAAAAGAUCUCAUUAUCCACACGUAUCGGAAAACUUUCUUCCUACGAUGAUUUCUACAUCAACGACCAAGGUCUUUUCGUCCUUGAGACCACAAUGACAAACUUCAACGACGAACUCUACGAACAGAGCAAGCCACAAUCCUUAUUUACCUGGAUGCGCGCUGUCCAUGCCACAUGGUGCUCUGAUUCCGGCAAGGAGUGGACAGACAACUUCGGCCAGCACAACUCCGGCACAUACAACAACCAGUAUCUCAUUGUCGAUUCGAAGAAAUUCAAACGCGGCGAGAAACCAACUACAGACCUUCUCUGGAUCAUCGAGCAGAUGCCAGGCACCUUCGAGAAAGCAGAUAUUACGGGCGAUCUCCUUCGAGACGGCUACUUCCCCUCAAUCAACACUCCUUAUUUCGACCGCCUGUUCGAGUUAGCCGGCUAUCCAGCCAAGAUUGCAUCAUGGGGUGAUGACGGCAACUACUGGGACUACAAGACGUCCUCCCGAUACAUUAUCAUGGCCCGUGAAGCCCCAUUCAUCAAAGAUUUCGAACAGUUCAAGUCAUUCAUGCGUUAUUCCAACUGGAAGAGGGAUCCAUAUGCCCACGGCGAUGCCGGCCAGAUGAUCAUUGCAAGAUACGACCUUCGUGACCUUCCAAAUCCACAUUUCGUAAAGAGAAUGUUCGGUGGAUUGGACACAAAGGCACUUAGACUUACAGAGGCGACAACAUCAAUGAUGUUCCACGCACUCGCAUCCCCAGAAUGCCUCCACAACCCUGUUUUCAACUUCAACGACUGGGAUGUUAAACACGACGGUUUGCCAGAUAAGUGGAACCACACAUGGCAGGUUUUCCAGUCUAUCGACGGCGACAAGUGCAUGGUACACGGCAGCAACAAGACAAGCUGCUUCCAGCAGGAGGGAUGCGGGUUCUGCAUGUCAUCCCAGAUGUGCUACAGCGGAUACAAGGACAGCCCGUACGUCAUGGAGUGCGACGCCGGUUGGGAGGUUCCUCAGCCUCCACAGCCUUGGGCUAAGCCAACAAUCAUUGCAGUCACAGUUAUCGUUGUAAUUUUCGUUUUGUCAGUUUACGCAAUACACUUCAUGAAUAAUAAGAAGAACUGA